AUGGUGAAAGACCAAUCUCUAGUUUGCAAGUUAAAUAAAUCCUUAUAUAGUUUGAAACAAGCAAGUAGGCAGUGGUAUGAGAAGUUAACUGAGGCUUUGUGCUCCAAAGGUUUCAACCACAACAUGAAUGACUAUUCAUUAUUUUACAAGCAGCAAGGUGAUUCAGUGGUUUAUGGGGCAGUGUAUGCAGAUGAUGUCUUGGUCACAAGUACAAAUCAGGAGGAAAUAGGUUAUUUGAAAGCUUUCCUUCUUGAUAAGUUUAAGAUAAACGACUUAGGCAACUUGCAUUACUUCUUAGGUCUCGAAGUCCUAUACAAGCAUGAUAGUGUGAUUAUGUCUCAAAGGAAGUUUGUUUUAGAUUUACUAAAAGAGUACAACUGUUUGGAGUAUAGUGUUUUGAGUUCUCCAUUUGAUCCUAAUGAAAAGUUAAAGGCCAAGGAGGGAAAACCAUUAGAGGAUCCCACCUCCUACAGAGAGUUAAUAGGCAAAUUAAACAUCCUUACCAACACAAGACUUGAUAUAGCCUUUGGAGUGCAACACUUGAGCCAAUUCAUGCAAGACCUUAGGGAACCUCACUUGAAGGCAACCUAUCACUUACUAAGAUAUCUCAAGGGCGAUCCUACUUUGGGAGUCUUUAUGUCUAACAUUGCAGACUGGUCUGUUAGAGCAUUUUGUGAUUUUGAUUGGGCUUCCUACCCAGACUCAAGAAGGUCUGUGAGUGGGUACAAGUCUAAAAAGCAGGAGACUAUUUCAUUAUCCUCAGCAGAGGCUACGUACAUGUCGCUUAGGAAAGUGAUUGGUGAACUGGUCUGGUUGAGUAGGCUACUGACUGAACUAAGAGUUCCUUCUAUUCAUCCAAUUGUAGUGUUUUGUGAUAGUUUGUCAGCCCUAAAUAUCGCUAAGAAUCCUGUAUUUCAUGAACGUACAAAACACAUCGAAGUUGAUUGCCAUUUUGUGAGGAAACAACUACAAGAGGGUCUCAUCUCUUUGCAUCAUAUUACUACUGACCAGCAACUCACAUAUAUCCUUACAAAAUCUCUCACAGGCAUCAAGCAUUCUAGUAUUUUGGGCAAGUUGACAGUGUUUUCAACACCUCCAACUCGAGGAGGGGUAUUGAAAUAUAUUAUUUAA